AUGAUUACCCGAAGGGAUAAUUAUUUCAUAGAUACCUCGGCCAUAACUGAGGAGGCCGGAGGGGAAGAUUCUAUGGUAAUAUCGAGGGCUGCUAGCCCAGAUCCCCUACUUACGGGAGGACCCUCUACAGAAACUAGGUCAACGAGUAAACGCUCUGCUCAAGUCCAGUUCGUGAGGAAUAUGCAGGAGUUUUUGGAUACCCAUGAGGCACAAAUGAGGUAUCUUGGUUCAGCUGGACAGGCCGUUUGGCAGCAGCUACAAAACCUCCAGGAACAAGUCCAAGGAAGUGGGCAAAUCCUGGACAAGAAAGUACGGCAAGAAGCCAUUGCCCAAAAACAACAUCUCGAAUCGCUCUUCGAGCUCGUGGAAAAUGUUCGACAAGUACAAGAAGCCACACGAGCUGCCGACUACAAGGUUCUGGAUCGUAACCAUCGGAUUACCCAGAAUCAACUGUCGGAGGUGGAGCGACAACUGAGGGUCGCAAGAAAAGAGCGGGAGCAGGAAAAAGGGGAACAACGGGAGCUGUUUGCGCAAUUCAAGCAGUCCAACGAAGCAAGAAAUCAACGGAUACCCGAGAUGGAGGAACUACUGCGACAACAUCUGUCAGUAGCACCUUCCGUGGCUAGUGCUCCCUUAGACCCUGAUGCACCCCGAACGGUUCUUGUUGGCAAUGGCAAGAACCCCCAAAAUGCUGGGCCCCAAACAUCAGGGAACGGCAAGCAACCAGAAGGAGCUGGCCCGGUAGGAAGAAAUGGAGGCAGGCAACCGGAGGAUGCCGGCCCAGUGCAAGGAAAUAGUGGCAGAUGA